AUGGCCGGCAAGGAUGCGAUCCCUACUAAAACUAAGGAAGAAUUCAAUAAAUACAGGAAAUUACUACUUGUAAAUCUUCCUCCAAGUACAGAAGGCGAAAUACAAGAGUUUCUUGGUAGUUUCAGUGCCAGUAAAAUUAACAUAAGUGAUUCAUUAGAUUCUGCUGUUGUCACACUGUCUGAUGGAGAUCAACUUGAUGAGGCGGUUACAAAGCUCAACAACAAGCAGUUCAAAGACAACAUUGUCAGGGCAAAACCGGGUGUCAGCAGCCACCUGCUGUGUGUGGCACACAUCCCGCCGACCUACACAGAUUUCAAAUUCCGGGAAUUCUGUAAAAAGUAUGGCCCUGUGGAGUACUGUUACGUCAUGCGGACAGCCAGUGGACUCAGCAAAGGAUACGGUUUGGUCGAAUUCAGCACGGAUGCCGAGCAAGUAGAGCACAUAAAAUCUGAAAUAGACUGGCAGUCACUAGAUGGACAUAUUUUACACGCCGAUUUUGUGGCAAGCUCCUACCAGACCUGGGAGGGUUUGCAGUCCAGGUGCCUCUUUCUCCACAAUAUGCCAGAAAACUUUGUAGACGUGUCAAAGCUGAGGGAGAUCUUUGGUUGCAUUUCAAAUCCUGUCUACUGCCAGAUCAUAAUUAAAGAAGAAAAGUCGCUAGGCUUCGGCAUCAUAGAGUUUCGCACAGCAGAAGAUGCUGAGAAAACCUGGCUAAAGUUGAAAAACGAGAAAAUAGCUGGAAAGGAUGUGAAUAACAAGGAAGAAAAGGACGACCUCUCACAAGAACCUGUAGCCAUGCCAGUAAUAGCUGGAAAUGCUAUAGCCAUCAGUCUCACAAAGCAAAUGCCUAGAUUGAUGGGAGACUUUAUGCUAGUGCUCCAUGAGCUGCAGGAGGCUUAUGUAUCCCAGAUGAUGUCCCCCGAGAACAAACCAGGUCUUCUAGGUGCAGCCCCGUCACUGCCUCUGAGCCCAAAGAUGAACCCCAACAUGCAGUUAGGUCUCAUGGUCAUGUUGGCCAUCCACAUCCAGACAGUGAAGUCAGGACAGGUAAGUCAGAAACCUGGACAGAAGAUUCCCCUUCUUUCCGACUCGUUAAUGGGACAAGCAAAUGUGAUUCUCCUGAACCUCAAACAGCAGCUGAACCAGGUACCUGUCUUGGGAGACAAUGGCAAGCCACUGGCGGAACCUGUCUCUCUGGAUGACAAGGUCCGCUUUAUUGUGAAGAAGUUUAUUGCCAAUGGCAGGUACUUGAACCUAACUUUACUCAGCGCCUUGGGUCAGAUUCUGGUUAAUAUGAAGCAGCUGGACACGCCCAGUUAUGGACUAGGCCCAAGAACACCGUCAAUCCUAGGACCCUUACCUGGCCCCGCAUCACAGUUGUUGAUAAAUGCUCAACUGGGGAAACCUGCACCUGCCCAGCUCGGAAACACUUCUUCUGUGAUGACACCUCAGCCGACUCAAAAUGUCAACAACAUAGAGGCCAAACUCAACUCCACCAUCAACUCCACCAUCAUGCAGGCCAUGGGACUGAAUGUCGGCAGCGGCAGCUCUCUAGGCAACGUGGGAACAAAUUUGUUGAACCAGAUCAGUCAGGGACUGAUGACUCAGAUCGGUCAGAACUUACUGCAGCAGCUAACAGGCUCAGGAAAAGGGCAGGCUUCCAAUAAGAAAUCUAAAGGAAGUUCUGCUGCUCAGAGUUCAUUGGCUGGGGCUCUUGCCCAGAAUGUCAGUCAAGCUAAAGGGCCAAUGGCAGCUGGUGUCUUUAAUCAGAAUGUCUGGAAGAAUGAGGAUACCAGUUAUGGCACCUAUGGUGCUAAAGUAGAGGCAGGAACAACAGGAAUGGCAGCUGGUUACGGCAAUUACGGAUAUGGUGCUAAUGAAUAUGGGUACGCUGCAGGAUAUGGUGCCGGGGGCACAGCAGCGAACACUGGCGGAUACGGCAUGAACACUGGCUAUGAGAACAACCAGGCAUCAGGUGGUGGCAACUAUCAGGUAGGUGGUGGGAUGGGCACUGGCCAGUUUGGGGCUGGGGGAAUGGCAGGCAGUGGUAUGGGGAGUGGUGGGAUGGGCAGUGGUAUGGGGAGUGGGGGAAUGGGCACUGGCCAGUUUGGGGCUGGGGGAAUGGCUGGCAGUGGUAUGGGGAGUGGGGGAAUGGGCACUGGCCAGUUUGGCGCUGGGGGAAUGGCAGGUAGUGGCUUGGGCACUGGAGAAGUGGGCAGUGGUCAGUAUGGGGUUGGAGGCAUGGGUAGUGGUAAUAUGGGAGUGGCUGGCAUGGGUGGCGGUAAUAUGGGAGCAAGUGGCAUGGGAAACAAGGGUUUGGGUGGUGGGCUGGGGGAAGAACACCAGUGGGGGUCAUAUGGCCAGAUGUCUGACCAGGCAGCUGACAACUCUGGCUAUCCAAACGAGUACUCAGAAGGUCAAGGCUACAUGGAUGCUUACAAGAGAAACCGUUUAUAUUAA